ACCCUGACACCUUCAAAUCCACUAGUCACUCCCAGCCGUAAACUAAACUAGCCAAUCCACCAAGCUAAAUGAAUGAUCUGGCGUGAUCUGACAAAUCCAUCACAAAUCUAAUCUAUGACUCCCAACCAUCCAUCCCCUCCCAGAUACAACCCUCCUAGAUUGAACCCUGCACAUCUCCAACCAUCCAUCCCUCACAUAGUACUUACUAUACCCAAACCCAACCCAUCCCACCACCAAAACCAAAACCAAAACCAAAACCCGAAACCAGAAACCAAGAAUGACCCCCCUCCCCACGCAAACCCACGGCCCACCCACCGGCCACCCGAUCCUAAUAAUCCCAGGGUGGGAAAUGACACCCGAAUCAGAAAUGCACGAUUUCGAGCCCAUCUUCACCAACAUUCCCAACUCCAAUCUGCGCCGAGUCUACAUCGCCCUCCCAGGAACGGCCUCCACGCCAGCAAGAAACAUCACCUCCCUCGACGACAUGUACCACCACCUCGUGCACUUCAUCGACACGACUCUAGGAGAUGCUCGCUUCAUGUUGAUCGGAUCCUCCUGCGGGGCGUAUCUCGCGCGUGCAAUCGCUCAGAAGUACAUGACUCAGAUAGAUGGGUUACUUCUCAGGGUGCCGUUGGUUGAGCCGGAGGAUCGGGUACGGGAUGUUGAUAGGGUCGAACCACUUAUUAAGAAUGACAAACUCAUGGAUGGGCUUGAUGAUGAGGAUAGGACGCUUCUCGGUAUUGAUAACGGGGGUAAAGUGCUGGUGCAGACGGAGGGGUAUGUGGGGGAGUUAGUGAGGAAGUAUCGGGAGGUGUAUGUUCCUGCGGAGAAGGGGGCUGAUAAGGGGGUUUUGGAUUUGAUAAGAGGGGAUGUGGGGAGGUAUCGGUUGAGUGAGGAGGUACUUGGGGAUGGGGUUGGGGAUGGGGAUGGGAAGAAGUUGAUGGCCCCAACGCUGGUGGUUUGUGGGAGGCAGGAUGAGAGCGUGGGGUAUAGGGAUUGUCUGGGUCUGUUGGAGAAGUAUCCGAGGGCGACGUUUGCGGUGCUGGAUCGCGGGACGCAUGGGUUGCCGGUUGAUGCGAGUGAGAGGGGGGUGUUUGGGGCGUUGGUCAGGGAUUGGGUUUUUAGGGCGGGGGAGUGGAGGGAUAGUCAUCAUUGAUUUGUCUUGGUGGGUUGUAUGUACAGUUUGAUGAUGAGUUGGGGGUAACGUUGGGACAUGGUUGGUGAGGAGGUAGGGGUUUAUGAUUUGCGGGGUGAGAGUUUGACGAGGAGACCUUCUUGCUUGACGAACCACCUGUGAUAGUUGUUAGUAUUGACUUAGCUGAUAUGAUAAUGUUUUUGAUACGAGUUGUGGGCGUGGAUGGUAGUAUACGUACCAACAUGUUUCCUUCCAUGGUUCAUCUGGGUUCGCGAGUUGGAUGUCGAAGCGGUUGAGGAGGGUUGGGAUCAUCUAUUGCGCGGUUAGUUGAUAUUGUAGAGAGUGGUCUCAAUAGAUUGAGUGGCCAUUACCUUGCUCAUUUCCAUCCAGCUUAUGUCUGUGAUAGAUGUUAGCUAUAGAUAUCUC